AUGCCGUUAGCUGUGUUCAUGUUCCUGGCUGCUGCUGGUACACCGCGCAGGGAGCAGCGCCUGGAGGACCGUGUGCCCGAGCUGGAGCAGCUGGAGCGCGUGGGGCUCUUCACGCGCAGGGAGAUCAGGGCCGUGCUGAGGAAGGCCUCGGCGCUCGAGUACAAAAUCCAGCGGCGAGCGCUGCGCAAGGAGGAUUUCGUUACCUACAUCCAGUAUGAAGUGAAUCUGCUGGAACUAAUAAAGAAGAGAAGAGCACGUAUUGGCUAUUCAUUUAAGAAGGAUGAAAUCGAGAACUCCAUUGUGCGUAGAGUCCACAGCCUCUUCAAACGUGCCACAGGGAAGUGGAAAGAAGAUGUCCAGCUGUGGUUGUCGCAUGUUGCAUUUUGCAAGCAAUGGAAUUCAAAGCAUCAGCUUAGUAAGGUGUUUUCUUGCAUGUUAGCCAUUCACCCCAAUAAGCCAGCACUGUGGAUUAUGGCAGCAAAAUGGGAAAUGGAGUCACGUCUCUCGUCAGAAAGUGCCAGGCACCUGUUUCUUCGUGCUUUGCGCUUCCAUCCAGAGUGUUCGAAACUUUACCAAGAAUAUUUCAGAAUGGAGCUGAUGCAUGCUGAAAAACAGAGGAAAGAAAAGAAAGAAUUUGAACAAGCCAAGAUGGAUUUGGGAGAAUUCAAUUAUUCUGAAGAGAUUCUUAAUGGGGAAAUGGCUCGCAUCAUUUACAGGGACGCCGCUCAGAAAAUCAAAGGUGUUGAAUUUCAUCUGGCUUUGCUUUCUAUUGCAAAGCUCUUUGAUUUUACGCAAGAUUUGCAAAAAGAAAUUCUUGAAAGUUUGCAGGCCAGCUAUGCUGAUGACCCUCUUACAUGGAACUACAUGGCUCGUCGUGAGCUGGAGCUGGGGUCUCUGCAGCCUGCAGAACAUACUACAAAACAGAUGAAAGUAGCUGAAAUGACCCAGAGAGAGGAGCGGUGCUGUGCAGUGUUUGAGGAGGCUGUGACAGCAGUCCCCACAGAGGACAUGUGGAAAUGCUAUAUCACUUUUUGCCUGGAGAGAUACAACAGGAAAACCAACAGUGAAGAAUUAAAGCAAAAGAGGCUGGAGAGGACAUUGAGUGCGUUCAACAAGGCCCACGAAUCCAGUUUGUUGCCAGAAGGCCACUAUAAGCAGUGGCUUCAGCUGCUGCUGGAGUCUGGCCUCUGUGAAAAGGCUAUGGAGGUGGCAGAAGCUGCAACUCAGCGUUUCAGACUGUCAGUGGAAAUCUGGCAGAUGAGGCUGCAGGUGCUGAUCCAGCUGAAGAGCGAUGAUGUGACCCAGUGUUUUGAAGAAGCCCUUAAACACAUGAAAUCUAAGGGCACCCUGCCGCUGUGGACCCUCUGGGUGGAAUGGAGUGAAGGCACAAACACCAAGCAAGACACAGAAGCCCUGUACCAGAGAUCCUUGUGUGCCACAGCUCCUACUGAGUCUGUGACUAUGAAAGAAAAGUAUCUUGACUGGGCCUACAGGAAAGGUGGUUAUAAGAAAGUAAAAAGAGUCUUUACCAGCUUGCAUGAAAAUCGUCCAUUUUCACUUGACUUCUUCAGGAAGAUGAUACAAAUAGAAAAGGAGCAAGAAUCCUGCAAAAUGCUUAACUUGAGAGAAUACUAUGAACGUGCCUUGCGAGAGUUUGGUUCCACAAAUUCGGAUCUCUGGCUGGAUUAUAUUAAAGAGGAGCUAAACCAUCCCCAAGGCAAACCAGAGAACUGUGGCAGCAUUCACUGGCGAGCUAUGAAGAUGUUACAGGGAGACCUGGUGGAAAACUUUGUUUCCAAAUACACCUUAUUGCAAACUGGACACUUAUGAAAAACUGUAGCUACUCAGCAUAAUAGUGAAUUUUUUCUAAUAUCUUUGUAUAAGGGUAAAUAUUUUCCUGGAUCAUAUUAAAAUACACUU